ACCCAGCGGGUCUGCACGCCUCUGCCGUAUGGAUUAGCGUGGCCAGCAGGCUCCUUUCUGAUUUUGUCCCCCUGCCCUCCCCUCCUUGUAGCAUCUCCGCAUCCCUUCCCCAAGGUGGCAUUAGCAGGCUUGAGGCUCCCGGGGGACAGGAACGCCUGGCCUGGUGUGCUGUACACCGCACCAUGACUCUCCUGCCGCUGUGUCUCUUGCUGACCUCUCUGCUCCAGCUCAGCUCAGGCAACAAAGCCAACAAGCACAAGCCAUGGAUCGAGGCAGAGUACCAGGGCAUUGUCAUGGAGAAUGACAACACUGUCCUGUUGAACCCACCACUCUUUGCCCUGGAUAAAGAUGCCCCUUUGCGCUAUGCAGGUGAGAUCUGUGGCUUCCGGCUGCAUGGAUCUGGGGUACCCUUUGAGGCUGUGAUCCUGGAUAAGGCAACAGGUGAAGGGCUGAUCCGGGCCAAGGAGCCCGUGGACUGUGAGGCCCAGAAGGAACACACCUUUACCAUCCAGGCUUAUGACUGUGGCGAGGGGCCCGAUGGUGCCAACACCAAGAAGUCUCACAAGGCAACCGUGCACGUUCGUGUCAACGAUGUGAAUGAGUUUGCCCCAGUGUUUGUGGAGCGUCUGUACCGCGCUGCAGUGACAGAGGGGAAGUUGUAUGAUCGCAUCUUACGCGUGGAAGCCAUUGAUGGCGACUGCUCCCCUCAGUACAGCCAGAUCUGCUACUAUGAGAUCCUUACACCCAACAUCCCUUUCCUCAUCGACAACGAUGGCAACAUCGAGAACACAGAGAAGCUACAAUACAGUGGUGAGAAACUCUACAAGUUCACAGUGACAGCGUAUGACUGUGGGAAGAAGCGCACGGCAGAUGACGCGGAGGUAGAGAUCCAGGUGAAACCCACCUGCAAGCCCAGCUGGCAAGGCUGGAACAAAAGGAUCGAGUAUGCCCCAGGCGCAGGGAGUUUGGCUUUGUUCCCUGGCAUCCGCCUGGAGACCUGUGACGAGCCACUGUGGAACAUUCAGGCCACCAUAGAGCUGCAGACCAGCCAUGUGGCCAAGGGCUGUGACCGAGACAACUACUCCGAGAGGGCAUUGCGGAAGCUCUGUGGUGCUGCUACUGGGGAGGUAGACCUGCUGCCCAUGCCUGGCCCCAACGCCAACUGGACAGCGGGACUCUCGGUGCACUACAGCCAGGACAGCAGCCUCAUCUACUGGUUCAAUGGCACCCAAGCUGUGCAAGUUCCCCUGGGUGGCCCAGCAGGGCUGGGCUCUGGGCCGCAGGAUGGCCUUAGUGACCACUUUACCCUGUCCUUCUGGAUGAAGCAUGGUGUGACUCCCAACAAGGGGAAGAAGGAGGAGGAGACCAUCGUGUGUAACACAGUUCAGAAUGAGGAUGGCUUCUCUCACUACUCACUGACUGUCCAUGGCUGCAGAAUCUCCUUCCUCUACUGGCCACUGCUUGAGAGUGCGCGGCCAGUCAAGUUCCUCUGGAAGCUGGAGCAGGUAUGUGACGACGAGUGGCACCACUACGCCCUGAACCUCGAGUUCCCCACAGUUACACUCUAUACUGAUGGCAUCUCCUUCGACCCUGCUCUCAUCCAUGACAAUGGGCUCAUCCACCCACCCAGGAGGGAACCUGCACUCAUGAUUGGGGCCUGCUGGACUGAAGAGAAGAACAAAGACAAGGAUAAAGGAGGAGACAACAGUACAGACACAACCCCAGGAGACCCCUUGCCGAUCCACCACUACUUCCACGGCUACCUGGCUGGUUUCAGCGUGCGCUCAGGUCGCCUGGAGAGCCGUGAGGUCAUCGAGUGCCUCUAUGCAUGUCGGGAGGGGCUGGACUAUAGGGAUUUCGAGAGCCUGGGCAAAGGCAUGAAGGUCCACGUGAACCCCUCGCAGUCCCUGCUCACCCUGGAAGGGGAUGAUGUGGAGACCUUCAACCAUGCCCUGCAGCAUGUGGCUUACAUGAACACUCUGCGCUUUGCCACACCCGGCGUCAGGCCGCUGCGCCUCACCACCGCUGUCAAGUGCUUCAGUGAAGAGUCCUGUGUCUCCAUCCCCGAAGUGGAAGGCUAUGUGGUAGUCCUUCAGCCUGAUGCUCCCCAGAUCCUUCUGAGUGGCACAACUCAUUUUGCCCGCCCAGCAGCGGACUUUGAGGGAGCUGAGGGGGUUCCUUUGUUCCCUGAUCUUCAGAUCACCUGCUCCAUUUCUCACCAGGUGGAGGCCAAAGCAGAUGAGAGUUGGCAGGGCACAGUGACAGAUACACGCAUGUCAGAUGAGAUUGUACACAACCUGGAUGGCUGUGAAAUUUCUCUGGUGGGAGAUGACCUAGACCCUGAGCGAGAAAGCCUGCUCUUGGACAUGGCAUCCUUGCAGCAGCGAGGCCUGGAGCUCACCAACACAUCUGCCUACCUCACCAUUGCUGGGGUGGAGACCAUCACUGUGUACGAAGAGAUCCUGAGGCAUGCUCAUUAUCGGCUCCGACGUGGAGCCGCCCUGUAUGCCAGGAAAUUCAGGCUUUCCUGCUCAGAGAUGAAUGGCCGUUACUCCAGCAAUGAAUUCAUCGUGGAGGUCAAUGUCCUUCAUAGCAUGAACCGGGUGGCCCACCCCAGCCAUGUGCUCAGCUCGCAGCAGUUCCUGCACCGGGGUCAUCAGCCUCCUCCUGAGAUGGCUGGGCACAGCUUGGCCAGCUCCCACCGGAACUCCAUGGUUCCCAGUGCCGCGACUCUCAUCAUUGUGGUGUGUGUGGGCUUCCUGGCGCUCAUGGUCAUCCUGGGCCUAGUGCGCAUCCACUCCCUUCACCGCCGCGUCUCCGGAGCUGGCGGACCCUCAGGGGCUUCCACUGACCCGAAAGACCCCGACCUCUUCUGGGACGACUCUGCUCUCACCAUUAUCGUGAACCCCAUGGAGUCCUACCAGAACCAGCAGGCCGGUGUGGCAGGGGUUGCUGGGGGCCAGCAAGAGGAAGAGGACAGCAGUGACUCAGAGGCAGCCGACUCCCCCAGCAGUGACGAGAGACGCAUCAUUGAAAGCGCCCCACACCGCUACUGAGGCUCUGACCCUGCCUAGAGAGAGGCUUGCCCUCGGGAGACAGGCGCGCAGGAAGGCAGCCAGGAAGGCAUUCUGAGAGAAGAGAGACC